CGCACGCGCACGACACGCUCCAUCGAGCGUCUUCCAAAGAUGGCGGGCGUCCCCGAUCCGCUGGAAGAUAUGCUGUAUUCAGAAGUGGACGAAAAAGCCGUCAGCGACCUCGUGGGUUCGUUAGAGUCGGAGCUCGGUGGUCAGAAUAAACCCCAGAGCGAGGCGCAGAGAUCAGGAGCACCCGAGAGCGGAAACAACAACUUAGGAAAAGCCCAAGCCGCUCAAGCGGGAACCGCAUUGGAGGCGCGAGCGUCAGGACUACACAGAGUGGAGGUAAAGCGCGAGAACGGCUCCGAGAGGACACCGAGCUCCAACUCUGUCCCUGUCCCUUCCGCUCUGAACGCUGGGGGGAUGAUGGCUACCAACCGAGUGCAGCCAAACAUCACGUUAGUACCAAAGCCCGCUGUACCGGGACUCGCAACUUCUCCGAACUGUUCAAGUGACGCAGCAGUUGUAGCAUCAUCAUCAUCAUCAUCAUCACCAUCCUCAUCAUCAGCUACAGAUACUCUCCCUAACACCAAUCACAUAGCUUCAACUAUCCGCGCCGUUUCCUCCAGAGCGCUGGCUGGUGAGAAUGGCAGCAGUGCCACUGUAGCUCUCUCAUCUGCUUCAGCUCCUGUAGCCGGAUUACAGACCGGGGUGAAUGGUGCUGUCAUUGGUUCUGGCUCUGGCUUAGGCACCGACAACAGCAACACAUCCACUUCCAAAGGCACUAAUGGGACUUUUCUUGGUACUUCUGUUCAGCCGUCUAAUCAUAUAUUGCCACAGCCUGUGAGUGUAUCAGCUGCUCCGACAGUCCCUGCUGUUGCCCUGCACCGACCUAUCAACAUUGCACCCAGUCAUAGUGACCCUAAACUUGCAGUGCCUGUGAGUGUCGCCUCUGUCCCAGCCCCCACGCUGACCUUUUCCAACGCGAGUCUGAUCAAAACGAAUCCCCAAACCCAGAUUAAAACCAUUGUCCCAAAUCAGCUUGCCGGUUCUCCCGUAGCCCUGCGGCCUCCUGUAACCGGUACAGCCGUGCACUCAGGUGCAGUCAGUACCCCGCUUCCAGUGGUGAGCACCCCGUCAGUGCUGGUGAAGCCAGAAGCAGGACUUACAGGUCAGGCUGCGGGUAUGCUGAGACCUACUACUCCGUCUCCAGCAGCGAGCACUGUCCCCGUGCGACCUGGGGUUCCUGCUGCACCUGCUCCGAGGGCAGUGGUACCUCAGCUUACUGUCAGACCUCAACAACAGACCACGAUUCAGUUACCGCCAGGAUUCACUAUACCACCGGGAAUGGUGCUUGUCCGGACCGAAGCGGGCCAGUUGGUGCUGGUUCCUCAGCAGGUUCUGGCCCAGGCGAAGGCUCAGAAUCAGACGAAAGCGACUCUGUCUCCGACGCCUGCGACGACCACCACUACAGCCACCAUUCGAGUCACCACUCCUGUGCAACAAUCUCCAGUGACAUCCCAAGCCAUCCGACCGAUUCCUCCUGCACAGGCUAAAGUGGUCCAGACAGCCAGCCCUGCUAGCCCUGCUCUACAGAAGAGCCCAUUGGUGACGGCGAGCACUGCUCCAAAGCCCAGCGGCCCCACUGUGAUCACGACCAGCACUCGUAUUCAAGCUCCAAACCAGACACUCCUGAAACCUUCACCCACCGUCACGGCACCCGCUGCACCCACCACGGGAAUCGCCAACCUCUCUCAGGAAAUGCAAGAGAAUGUGAAGAAGUGCAAGAAUUUCCUAGCAACGUUGAUCAAACUGGCAUCCCAUAAUUCCCCCUCUCCGGAAACUUCAAAGAACGUGAAGGCGCUUGUGCAGGACCUGCUGGAUGCCAAAAUUGAGCCUGAGGAGUUUACAAAUCGUCUGCAGACGGAGCUGAAAUCGUCUCCUCAGCCCUACCUCAUCCCCUUUCUAAAGAAAAGCCUGCCUGCUCUGCGGAUGACGCUGUUGAACUCGCAACAGUCUCUGACCCAGCUCGCGCAAACCACCUCCAGCCCUCUGACUGUGAGCGCCAUUAAGGCUCCACCCCCACGCGCCCUCGCCACUACGGUGCCAGCUGUCCGCCCCACCGUCACGCAGGACCAAGCUGCCCUGGUGGCUGUGAAGAGGACAGGGGCACAGACGGGGCCAGUUCGGAUGCCCGUGGUGAUCACGCAGUCGGUCCGGCCUCAAGGCGCUGUGGUGAGAGGACCAGUGGUACAGGUGAGAGGUCCAAUGGGCAUCGCCAUGCAGGCUUCAGCCAAUCAGAAACAGAAGCUGAAUGACCCAGGAGGUGGAACUUUCAGGGAUGACGACGAUAUCAACGACGUGGCGUCCAUGGCCGGUGUGAACCUGAAUGAAGAGAAUGCUCGUAUAUUAGCCACAGGCUCCGAGCUGGUAGGCACGCAGAUCCGCUCCUGCAAGGACGAGGCAUUCCUGCCAGCUAAUCUGCUCCACAAGCGCAUCCUCGAGAUCGCACGUGGGUUUGGUGUGAAUGAGGUGAUGUCGGACGUGGUGAGUUUGGUAUCCCAUGCCACCGAGGCCAGGCUCCGUUCCACACUGGAGAACGUCUCUGCUCUCGCACGACACCGCACAGACCCCAGCAAGGAUGAAGAGCACCACGAGCAGACAUCGGAUGUGAGGACGCAGCUGAAGUUCUUCGAGCAGCUGGAGAGGCUGGAGAAACAGCGCAAAGACGACGAGGAGAGAGAGAUCCUGCUGAAAGUGGCCAAAAGUCGCUCCAGGCAAGAAGACCCUGAGCAGGCUCGGCUAAAGCAGAAAGCUAAAGAGAUGCAGCAGCAGGAACUGGCACAGAUGAGACAGCGUGAUGCUAACCUCACGGCACUCGCCGCUAUAGGCCCACGCAAAAAACGCAAACUGGACUCUCCCGGGGCUUCUGGAGCAGAGGUGUCUGGAAGCUCUUCAGGCUCGGCCGGCGCCUCCUCGUCCUCCACUCGGCAGGUGAGGCAGCGGAUCACGCGAGUCAACCUCAGGGACUUGAUCUUCUGCCUGGAGCAGGAGCGUUCCACGGCCCGCUCACUGCUGCUCUACAAGGCUCUGCUCAAGUAGAACCCGGUCCAGGCUGGAACUGCGCCUCCGUGUGUCCUCUUCCUGUGCGCAGGGUGUGCACGGUGGUCCGUCUCUGCGCUUGAACGCCCUUCCUCUCGCCAUCGUUUGAUUUGCAAGGUCUUUUUCUUCCCAUGCCUCAUGCGUCUUUCUUUGUGCCUUCAGGCAAAGCUGGGACAUAAUCAGUGAGAUCCUGUCUUUGCUUUAAGAGGAAUGUAUGAGGUUUUCAUGCUCCAAACAAACCUAUAUAUUCAGGAAGUGAAUGAAAGCCAUGAAGAAAGAGAAAGUUGUGGGUUAAAAGCAGCAUUUAUAUCCUGUUACCAUUUAAUGCCGUCUGGGCGUUUGGUAUGGGAGCCAGCAUAUAGGAGAAAAACUCAUUUUUACUUCCUUUUUUUUUUUGUGAAAUAUUUGAAUCUGUUUUGAUUUUACAUUCAAGGAAAACUUUCCCUUGGUGGUAUCAAGCGUGAUGGGACUCGAAGCUCAGUUUUUAACUUAAAUGCCUCAUUUGCAAUAUGGACACUGGAAGUGUGAAUGUAUAGUUUUUGGGGAUUUUUUUUUUUUAACAGUCUAACAAAUUCUUAAAUAUUUUAAUAACUUAUGACUUUUAUACCUCCAGUACAUACAUGGUUUGUUUAGAUCUGGAUUUUGUUUCAGUGAAAUUAUGCAAAUGAAGGAUCUGUGCUGUCCUUCAUCCUGUCACAUGCCGUUUUGUAAUUCAGAGACAGUAUUUUCUCACGCUCCUGUGUGUGUGUGUGUGUGUGUGUGUGUGUGUGUGUGUGUGUGUGUGUGUGUGUGUGUGUGUGUGGUGGGAAGAAUGGGGAGGUGAUAGUUAAAUGUGCUGUGAAGAAUUAUGGUGUAGGAAGUGGCAUGAUGCCAUCUGUACUGAGAAGGCUGCCAUAAAUUCAUCCAAAAAAGAUGAUGCAUGAAAAUGUCCCCCCCGCCCCCCCGUCCCCUUACAUGUUUCCCUCCUCAAAUAAACUGUAGAUUAAGAUCUCACCAUAGCAGAUGAUUACGAUUUGAUCUCUUUGAAUCAGCCUUGCACUGGAAUUUUAAAUUUCAUAUUAUUGAUCAGAUAUGAGUUAUAAGGCCAUGUAGAUAACUCCACCAUUUCACUGCUUUUGAUUUUCUCUUGGAACAAUUUGAGUGCAGUUUUAAGACCCCCAGCAGGACACGUAGUGGACAGGAAGUUUUUAUUAGCCUUGUCUCUGCCUUCACGAACCGUAAACCGUUCAGAUGAACAUGGCCUCAAAUUGUGCUCGGUCCUCUGCUGUAUCGAAUUCUGUACCUGCACACGACGGAGCUCAGACGAGCCGAGUGUUUCUGGUGAGAGGGUCGGGGCUUUUGAUUAUUUGUAUGUUGUAUUGUCUACAAAGACCAUAUAUCUAUUGUAAACUCUCUAUUUUUUGGUAAAUUUAACGAUUUUUAAAUGUUUGGCUGGUUUGGAAAAAAAAACUGUUCAUCUCUAUAAAAUUUGUACUAUUUUGUAAAAAGAAUAAAGUUGCUUACUUACAUGUUCGAGUGUUUCAUAAAAUGCCAUUUCAUAUCUCCUAACUCUUUCUACAGGACACGAAGGAGAGGCACAUUUUUUUUUCCAUCACCGAUUUUAGUUUUUUUUUCCUGAACAGUGUGUUUUCCACUCCCAUUUUGUUCCUGUAAAUUUGUUUUUUCGUCCCUUUGUGGAUCGUGCCAACGUUCCCCGCUAUCACACCUCGCUCAACUGAACUCGCGCUUCCAGCAAGAUCUCAUUUGCAUGAUGAUCUGCCAGCACACUUUCAGGGGUGUGUGUCUGUGUGGGCAUGGUUUUAUAUCGUGGUGGGGGCCAAAUGUGCCCACGAGUAAAGUAAUAUCUGACAGUUUUGACCUGGAACAUUUGAUUGGUCUCCAUGAGGAAAAACAGCUUCUUUUAUUCUUUUUUUUUUUUUAAACAAUGUACAUAUUCAAAAGGUAAUUAGCUGCAUAAAAGGUCCUCAGAAGGAUAGUAAGCUUAAGUUAAUCUGAUGUAAACCCGCCUUCUUUCUGAUAGACGAAUGUUAAAAAUCAGUGCUUUUUUGAUAUUAAAUUAGGGGCGGAAAAAAUCAACAAUUUAUUCAAAUCUGUUUUGUUUAGUUUUUCUCCAACAGCAAUUACAAAAGGAUAAGGAACACAUGCCUGCAACACUACAAUGAUUAUCCAUUAAUUAAAAAUGGAUUUUAUUUAAAUAAUGAACAUAAAUUUCCACCUUACUGUAAUUAUACAUUUUGACACAACAUCGAUUAGAACAGCACUUAAAUAGAAUUUAGUUUCCACGCAGUUGAAAGUCCGAGUGUGAGAUCAGAGAUCCGCUUCCGAGGCUGUGGUUGGAAUAAAGGCUGGAAUAAAAGAUUUAUUUUGUGUAUUUGCUAAAGGGCCUCAUCAAGCCGCCAAAACAUCCCACACGAUAGCAGAGAUGGAACAGUUUGAAGAAUAACAAAGAAUAACAAGCUCCCCGGUCUCGGCAGUUCAUUCUGUCUUUCUACGCUAACACUCAGCGUGUGAUCGUGUAGAGUGUGUUGGCAUUUCUGUGACCUUUGCCCCUGCCAUCCGCUUGUGUAGAGAACGUCCUGAAAAACACUCGGCCUAUUAAAUGUGUACUUUUACAACGCAUUAAGCAUCAUCCGGUGUUUUCCUGCCACAUAAGUAACCUUUCGUGUUUAUUCUCCCCCACAUCGUGACUGGCCCUUUUUUGGCUUGGGGAGGUUUGGCUGACUAAAUGGAUUGUGGGAAAGUGACCUAGACUCCUGGGAGGGGGUUGUUUGGAAGAAGAGGUUGGCUUCUCUCUGACCUGUGUAUUUUUUUUUUUUUUUCUUUUUCCUCCUCCGGAGCCCUGAAGAAGCCUUGAGCUGCACACUAAUCCCUGUACUGCUGUGGUAGAACUAGACGACGUGCCUCACAGACGUGUGUUCAUUUAGUGAAUGAAGUAAUCCACCUAAAGCUGCCUUCAUCGGGAGAAAGUCUUAGAGAAUGUAGAGGCAGUUGUGUCUCCAGAGUAUCUUUGGAUCUGUUGUCUUGCCAUAUAGCAUGUUGUUCAUUUGAUUACACGAAGCUGAGAGAGGGAAAUUGAGGUGACAAAUUUGGAGCCACCUGAUCAAAAUGAACCGAUACGGCAGGUCAUCAUGUUCCGGGCUUUAGAAAAGCCGUUGGAGACAUUCUAGCAAACUUGACAAAUAUGAUUUAUGUAUUAAUCAUUAAUAAUUAUGAGUUCUGACACGGCAAAAGAAGAAGGAAAAAAAAAAGCAAAUCUGAUUUGUCUCAGUAAUGACUGUAAUGAUGUAAAUAAUCUCAGAUACUCAGAGUUUUGGGGCAGCUAGUUAGAGAUUCAACAUGGAGGUUUCUCUAUGGAUAGUUAACAUUUGUAAUCUAACUUUGUACCAUUGCUAAUUCCCACACACUAGUUCUUCCCAUGAAUCAGGGAGGGUGAGGGCUAGCAUGUGCUUCCUCAAAUAUACAUGAAGCCAGCACAUCUUUUCAAAAUUGCUGCUCAUGCUCUGUGUAAAGGGCGAAGGAGAGCACUAACCGCCCUCUUCUGCAUACAAGAUGCCCACUAUUGGCUAGUAUCACUCUGAUUAAUGGGGAGAAACGAAUUCCAUCCAGAGAUCAGGGUUUAUUUUGGUGAUCUCUCAAUGUUAAAAUCUCAAAUCUGUAGUAUUUCUUCUCUACUAACAAGCAUUACUGCUUCAUGUUGUCUCAGAUUUUUU